CACUAGGAAGCGACGCACUGCAAACAGCGAGGACACAACAGCUGUUUUAUCUCACUAACAGGGUCUUUAAAAAGUGCACAAUGGGUUUAUUUUAGUCGAGCAGAAGGUUGGAAGAAUAAAAAUAAACGAAUAAAUUCAAAAUGAGCUUCGCUGUUUUAUCGUAUGAGGGUUUGGUUCAUGCUGUCUCAGGAGCAAUGGGAAGUGUGACUGCCAUGACAGUAUUCUUCCCUCUUGAUACUGCCAGACUGAGGCUACAAGUGGAUGAAAAUAGGAGGGCCAAAUCAACUCCAGCCAUUCUGGCAGAUAUCAUCAAAGAAGAAGGACUAUUAGCCAUUUACAGAGGCUGGUUCCCCGUCAUCUGCAGCCUGUGCUGCUCCAACUUUGUUUACUUCUACUGCUUCCACAGCCUGAAGGCUCGCUGGCUGAAGGGAAAGCAGUCGGCUCCGAGCAGUGACUUAAUCAUAGGCAUUGCUGCAGGUGUCAUAAACGUUCUUCUUACCACUCCUCUGUGGGUGGUCAACACCAGGCUGAAGCUUCAGGGUUCCAAGUUUCGCAAUGCAGAUAUUCGGCCUACCAACUACUCUGGCAUUAUGGAUGCCUUUGCUCAGAUCACCCGUGAUGAGGGCGUGGGAGCUCUGUGGAACGGGACCUUCCCAUCGCUGCUGCUGGUGCUGAACCCCGCAAUCCAGUUCAUGAUUUACGAAGGCCUGAAGAGGCAGCUGAGGAGAGGAGUUCCCAGAGAGCUUUCAUCUGUCGAGGUCUUCCUCAUCGGCGCAGUUGCCAAAGCGGUUGCCACCAUUGUUACGUACCCGCUGCAGACCAUACAGUCCAUUCUCAGGUUUGGUCAGUUCAGCGAGUCAACGGGUGAGUCAAAACUGCUGUCCAGCAUCAGGGCUAUCAAGUGUCUACUGGUCAACAGAGUCAGGAAGCACGGCAUGUUGGGUCUGUUUAAAGGCCUGGAGGCCAAGCUGCUGCAGACGGUGCUGACUGCUGCACUCAUGUUCCUUCUCUAUGAGAAUAUUGCCAGUCUCACCUUCAGAGUCAUGGGACUGAGCAGCAAACACUACAAGAGACGGUAGCGAGCUCCACAACGACGAACGUUUGACCACAUUAAAGCACUGACUGACUCUAGUGAUCACUGCUAACAGACCCCAUGAUGGGGAUUUUAACUUCCUGGGAAUCUGUCCCUUUCUUGUGAAUCAAGUUUUCAACAUUUCUGUGAAUCUUUAAUGGUAAUCUCAUCCUCAUCCUACUAAUACUCCAACCAAUAAAACAUUACAACU